CCAGUCUGCCACGGCCAGCAGCCUGGCUACAGCUGCCCCCUCACCCUGGGCACCCCCAGCAGAGACAUUAAACGCGGCCCCAGCUCAGCUCUGGACACGCGCGACAUCCCCAGCAGCACCAUGUGGUCAGGGGUUUUCCUCCUCCUGGGGUUCCUCGUCCUCAGGGCAGAGCCGGGCACUGCACCGGAGGAGAAACGUGGGGAUCCGGAGAAGCCGGGGAGGUGCCCACGGGACUUCACGCGCUGCCUGCGCCUGGAGCCCCCACUCUGCACCAACGACUCCAGCUGCCCUGGCGGGCACAAGUGCUGCCCCCGGGAGUGCCGGCUCCGCUGCACCCCCCCAGCAGAAGAGAAACCCGGUGCCUGCCCGGAGGCAGCCCCCGAGGGGCUCUUUUACCCCUGCUCCUUCCCCUGCCUGGAGGACAAGGACUGCCUGGGAGCGCAGAAGUGCUGCCCGCUGGGCUGUGGCCCUGCCUGCCUGGAGCCGGUGCAGGGUAAGGCCCCCAUUGGGCCAGCGGGAGAGCCAGGGUCACCGCAGAGCUCCUCUGUGCCAUGGACAUCUGCCACCACCCCACCGCCACAGGCCACCGCGGUGGCCACGCACCACUUCCCCUACAUCGAUCAGCCCAAACCCGGGGAGUGCCCUGUGGCGCAGCCAGGGCUGUGCCAGGAGCGAUGCCGAGGUGACAGCGACUGCCCCGACGCGCAGAAAUGCUGCAACAGCAGCUGUGGCCGCCAGUGCGUGCCGGCAGCCCCGGCUGAGGACACCAGCCCUGUCCCAGCCACCCCGCAGCCGCACCACCAGCAGAGGUGCCGUCAGGACCAGGACUGUCCCCCGUCCCAGGUGUGCUGUCACCAGCGGUGCAGCCAGGAGUGCCACACACACAGCCGAGGGACCCCCACAGCCACGCCAGCCUGGCAGGAGGGGACGAGGUGCUGGAGCAACAGGGACUGCAGCGGUGGGGAGACAUGCUGUGGCGGCCGGUGCGCGGGGUUGUGCAGUGCUGAGCACCAAGGGAAAGCCGGCUUCUGCCCGACCCGCGCUGGGCUGUUCCCCAGCUAUGACUGCAGAGCCUGGUGCCAGCAUGAUGCCGAGUGCCCCGGCAAGGAGAAGUGCUGCCUGCACGGCUGUGACUAUGUCUGCCUGCCUCCGUCCCGAGAGAAACCAGGCAUCUGUCCCUUGGCCGAGGGGACACUGACCACCGCGGCCCCAUGUGGCACUGCCUGCACUGGGGACUGGCAGUGCCCGGGGGCUGAGAAGUGCUGCAGGAGCAGAUGUGGCCAUGCAUGCUCGGCCCCCGAACAAGACAAACCCGGCAAGUGCCCAAAGGUGAGGCCGCGGCAGACGCCGGAGCUGUGUGUGGAGGAGGAUUCCUGCACCCACGACAGGGACUGUCCCCGGCAGGAGAAGUGCUGCUUCUCCGGCUGCGCCAUGCACUGCACCCGUCCUGCCCGAGAGCACCCCGGGGAGUGCCCCCGGGCAGAGCCGUGCUGGGACCCGCGGCGCAGGCGCAGGAGCCAGUGCCUGGAUGACAGUGUCUGCCAGCGCGAGGAGAAGUGCUGCGACACCGGCUGCGGCUGGGAGUGCAUGGCCGUGCCCAGAGACAGUCAGGACAGGGCUGGCAGCCGGUGCACAGAAGAGUGCGAGGCCGACUCGCAGUGUCCCCGGGGACAGAGGUGCACGAGCACCGGCUGCGGACGCGUCUGCAUGGACAUCCCCGGAGGCAGAGUGGGGGUGUGCCCCGUCCCCAGGGAGGGGGGGACGUGCCUGGACCUGUGCAGUUUCGACGAGGAGUGUCCCUGGGGCCACAAGUGCUGCAGCAAUGGCUGCGGCCACGUCUGCAUGCCGGCCUCGCUGCAAGAGCGUGACGCUGCAGUUGUGCCACGGCACGGUGCCAAGCAGUGCAGGGAGGAGUGCGAGGCCGACUCGCAGUGUCUCUGGGGACAGAGAUGUACCCGCACCGGCUGCAGCCGCAUCUGCAUGGACGUCCCUGGAGGGAGAGAGGGAGCGUGCCCCGUCCCCAGCAGCCGCGGGACGUGCCUGGACCUGUGCAGCCUCGACGAGGAGUGUCCCUGGGGCCACAAGUGCUGCAGCAACGGCUGCGGCCACGUCUGCACGCGAGUGCCUGGUGACGCUGUGUGAUGGGAGAGCAGCUCCUCCGUGGCAGGAAAACACCUUUGUUAGGGGACACGGGGUGGUCACGGGCCCCAGCUGGCCUGUUCCCUCCCCACCACCUCCAGCAAUAAAGCACGUGCGUGGCCACCUCC